AGUAUCACCAAUACAGGGGAGGAAGAGGACACUGUCCUGGGAAGGUUGUGAAACAGUCCAUGCCCCAUGGCAUAUGAUCAGAGGAAGCUCACAUCAGAAUGCUAGCCCGAUGCCGAGCAGACCAGCAUCCAACUGGGAAAGAGCCGUAAGGGCACUGAGAGGGGUGCAGGGUGGAGUGGAUGCUCUGCUUUGGGUGUGCCUGUGAGCCGAGGAGACAGGGGCUCUAGAAUAUUCCUGCUUCAGCCUGUGGCCCCCAUUCCUCAGUGACCAUGGGUGAAUGGACCAUCCUGGAGCGGCUGUUAGAGGCUGCUGUACAGCAACACUCUACCAUGAUCGGCCGGAUUCUGCUGACAGUGGUGGUCAUCUUCCGUAUCCUGAUUGUGGGCAUUGUGGGGGAGAAAGUGUAUGAGGAUGAGCAGAUCAUGUUCAUCUGUAACACUAUGCAGCCAGGCUGCAACCAGGCCUGCUAUGACAAGGCCUUCCCCAUCUCCCACAUCCGCUACUGGGUCUUCCAGAUCAUUCUGGUGUGCACACCCAGCCUAUGCUUCAUCACCUACUCCGUGCAUCAGGCCGCCAAGCAGCGUGACCGCAGCUACUCCUUCCUGCACCCCUACAUGGAGCGGGACCACGGCCGGCAUGAAGGUGCCCGAAAACUGCGCAACAUCAAUGGUAUCCUGGUACACAACCCAGAGAGUGGGGGCAAGGAGGAGCAUGAUUGCCUGGAGGUGAAGGAGAUCCCCAAUGCACCCCGUGGCCUCACACAUGGCAAGGGCAACAAGGUGCAUCGCCAGGAGGGCAUCUCCCGCUUCUAUGUCAUCCAGGUUGUGUUCCGCAAUGCUCUGGAAAUUGGUUUCCUGGCUGGGCAGUACUUCCUGUAUGGUUUCAAUGUGCCAGGCAUGUUUGAGUGUGAUCGCUACCCCUGUGUGAAGGAGGUGGAGUGCUACGUGUCGCGGCCAACUGAGAAAACGGUAUUUCUUGUCUUCAUGUUUGCGGUCAGCGGGAUCUGCGUGCUGCUCAACUUGGCUGAGCUUAACCACCUGGGCUGGCGCAAGAUUAAAACAGCCAUCCGCGGUGUGCAGGCACGACGCAAGUCUAUCUGUGAGGUGCGCAAAAAGGAUGUCUCUCACCUGUCCCAGGCACCCAACCUGGGUCGGACCCAGUCCAGUGAGUCAGCCUAUGUUUGACGGCUUGCCUCUUCAUUGGCAUGUUGCUGCCCUGUUCGCGCCUCCAAGCUGCCAUGUUUGUAAACCCGGAAUUAAUUUAUUUCAUGAGUCUAACAUUUCGGCAAUAUAAUUCACACAUCAGUGAGAGAAAUGGAGCAUCUGGGUGGUAAUUCCGACCAUGAGAAGGGCAAAACAUUAUUAGAGGAGCUGGGGUUAUUUCACUGGUACAAUUAUGGAAUAGUGAUUGAAAUGAAAUAGCCAACCAUUGUUGAAUCACCUAACAUGAAAGUUUCUCACUUAAUCUGGUCACUUAAUCAGUCAACUUUCAGAAAAGCCCCACCAGACAUUAAUUCAUUCUACUGGCUUAGUAUCAUGCUCUUUUGUAACCCAGAACAUAAUGGAUUGUGUCCAAGUAAGGAUGCUUGUGGAAAUUUGGACUGAUCUGCUUCCUCACUAUACCUCCACACGUGGAACAGGGAAAAACGCUAUAAGAUGUUAUUUUACUCUGCUGGAAUGUAAACCCAAAAGAAUAGAAGAGCAAUGGACAGCUCCUCUCCCCUGCAAUCGAGCCCCAGCACUCUUGCCAGUAAGAGUUCUGUUAGGUUGAAGAUUACAUUAAGCUUUAAAAAUGAAAAUCUCAGUCUCGGCUCUUCUUUUUCAGUUGAGCAGGAAACCUAUUGAUUACAUAUUUAUUUAUUCUGUGCCAGAGAUAGUGCCAUAAUGUGAAUGGCUACAUAUAACCUACUAAUUUCACUGUAUAUGAAAUCUUAUUUAUUUAAUGGGGAGGGGGGCGUUGGGUAGGAGUGGGGGGAGUUCUAUGGGUUUUGCAGUAUCUAUAUACUUUAGGUUUUUGUUUAGUUCUUGGUCAAAAAUAAAUUGUAUCCCGAAAAAUGUGUAAUUUUGAAUGAACUUUGAAAAGCGCAUGUUUUCAAAGUACUAAUGGAAUGGGCAGACUGUGUCAUGAAGUAUAAUUUCAAAAAAAGACUUUGUUCAUUUGCAUCCUGCUCCUGCAAUGUGUAUUAAUGGCAUGCGUUAAAAGAAUAAAUCAUGUACAGGAUUAAUGUGUAGCACUCUUACAUGCAGACAUCAGAGAUUUCACUUUUGGGAGGACUCUGCAACCCCAGCAAUAAUAUCAAGAAAAAAAAGCUUCUGUGUUUAUGCAAUAAAGCAGCUGCACUGUAAAAGAGGGGCCCAAAAGCACAAUAUGAUAGGCCCUGUCUCCAACUCUGCUGCUGGGCUCUGAUUGGCCUGCCUGCAAAUUUUCAGUACUCCUAGUCUAACACAGCUGCAUUGGGACGCUGUCGCAUGCAGCAUGCUGCAGGAUGAUACAGGCAGCACAGUCUCUGAUGACGUGCUGUCCUUCACAGCAAUGAGCAUGCUGAGCUGGGGUUCUGUCCUCACCAGGGAAACGGCAAGGAGACCCAUUCAUAUAAAAGUGCUUGUACCUGCAUGUGCUGAAAUGUACGCUAUUCGUUUUUUCUGCAGUGAGGACUGCAGUGUGUGUAUUUAUUUUUUACAGUGCAGUCCGUAAGUCUGUUGGCAGUAACACAAUUUGUGUUGUGGUUCUCCAGGAAAUUGGAUUUGAAGUUAAACGAAUAUGAAGUUAAAUUGCAGCUUUCAUUUGUGGGUAUUCACCAUUCACCAUCACAGAAAGGGAUGCACUUUUUAAUAGGUUAGAAAAUGUGGCUCCCCAGAUUAAAAGAUUAACAAGCCUGAGUGUGAUUUUACACUCUGAUGUAAGUUCGAAAUCUUACAUCAACAAGGAAACCAAGAUGGCUUUCUUCCAUCUAACAUUGCCAAGGUACGGCCGUUUCAAUCAAGACAGGAUUCUAAGAAGUUAGUCCAUACUUUUAUUUCAAGUAGGUUGGGCUAUUGCAAUGCUCUUUUUGCUGGUUUUCAAAUGAAAGAUUACAACUAAUCAAUAACUCUGCUGCCAGAUUAUUAUUAUUUUUUUAAAGGGAAAUCAUAGCACCAACAACAAUUUUUUACAAUUAUUUGCAGUGAAACCUCUAGGGUUAUGCUGGUGUCAUAUUGUAGGCUUUGACACAUCUCUGCCUACAUCCUGGAGUGUUCUUGAUCUGUCUGACAGUUGAAAAGGGGAUUUUCUUCAUAUAUUAAAGUACUUUGUCAUCCAUUACCAGUUAGUUUUCUAUUGCUGAGCUCACCAGUGCGUUUUUGCUUUCUAACAAUGUAUCCAACAGUUCAUUUUAAGACAUCCAAUGUUUUGGCAAUGUCUCAGAUCGAUUUAGCCAUAUGACAGCCCACAUUACUGCCAUUGAUGCUUCUUUGGUGUAUAAAAAUGGCUGUAAGGUUCACCCGAUAUUGAUGGUGCCCUCAAACUAAAGUUGACAGUCUGCACUUUAACCUCGCAUUCACUCAUGUUUAACUGGGGUGCUGGAGUACAAAGCCAAAACAACAAAAAUUAAAUUACUGGUCAAAUACAUGUGGAUUGCACUGAAGAUACAUGAACAUCAUAUUUCAUGUGUGUGUGCAUAUGUACACACCAAAUCCCCCCCCCCCCCCCCCCCAUAUGAACAUUCACAAAUAUAUACACAGAAAUGCACACACAGGUAUGUAUGUACCUGAAUUCAGUGCUGAAGUGGUAUGGGGGGAGGAGCAAGAGAGAAGAAAGAUGGUGAGGAGACCUAAAAGUGGCUUGUUGAUUUUGUGACACUGAGACCCCUUAUGACAGUCCCCAUAGGGUUCCGAGAAGCCUGCUGAGACUUGCUGGUGGAGCCAACCAAAAGCUGUUUUACUGCUCCAAUAGCAAUACCUUGCUUCAGACACUAGUCUACUUCAUACUGCACUCUCUGUUCCAAUAACAUGACUCCGUUUUACUCUGCACUUUCUGCUUCAAUAACAUGACUCUGUUUUAUACUGCACUCUCUGCUCUAAUAACUGGUCUUUUUUAACAUAAAGUUCAAAUAAAGUUCAGCAUACAUUAUAUACAUACAGAUGUUUUUUUCUGAAUGUUGAUGUGCCAGAUUGUAUAAAAAAACUGACCAGUGUGCAGCUCAAAAAGCACAGGCUUUGAUGCUGUUCCUCUUGUUUUUCUGAUGGAGGUAAAUUAGCCCUCGGAAAUUAGGCAUAUGAUCUGGGUUUGAUUCCCAGCCACAGAGGACACAGCAGAAUGCAGGGAGGUGCCAAGUUUGUCUCACCAGGUGUGUGCACAUGAGAACCCUCCCACUGGGUGCUGCCUGCAUUCAGCAGUGUACCUCAGUCAGACUGUGUCUGAUUUCUCUAAUGACAUCUGUGGGAAAAGUGUGGGACCUGGUUACGAGGUGCACUGUCUCCAUCUGUUUCCUCUCUCUUCACCCCCCUUUCCCAGUUUCAAGGAUAGCUGUACUGCUCUUCAUGAUGUCAACCACCUUUUUAUGUUUUAAGAUAACAUUAUGUGUACAAAAAGGAAAUUAUGCAAUGUAACUUUAUUUAAUUUGGUUUCACACAAAUUAUGCACAGUACUGUAAUGAAUAAGAAAAGGUCUUUUUAAAUGUAAAAAUGUACACACAUUUUCAAGUUUGAAUUUAGGAAUUUAUGUGAAAUUUUAAAAAUGCUCUUAAGAGCAACAUUGCUGGCCUCCCUGGCCUAAAAUAAUAUGCAACUUAUGGUACUAACUAGGAUUUUGAAAAAAAGUGCUAUGCUUAGUGCAUGGAAUAUGGUUAGAAUUAGCAUGAUUUAUUUUUACAUUAAAGCCUAAAUAAAUAUAAAAUUAAAAUGCUCUGGUAUUUCCUGAUAGCCCAAAUGGUGCAGUAAUGAAGUGUGGAUAAUACUGCAAAGUGGCUGUCUGGAUAUCCCUAUGCUCACCCUAUAAUCCUUUAUCAAUUAAGUGAUUGAAAUACAAUCACUAGCUUUAUGGGCAAUUAUGUAAUCAGCUAAUCCUCAGAGCUAAUUUCACAGAGAACAGAGUCAUAGAGGGUGAGCUGAAGUUUGUACCAGAAAUGAGCAGAUGCUGUAAUGUCCCUUCUUCACAAGUGUUCCUCUUCCUAGAAUAAAAUAUGAGGAUAUGAAAAAUGA